GCCGCGGUUUGUUCCAGGAGGAGCUGAGCGAUCCUGACUCUUUAGUGAAAACUACACAGAACAUCCAGGUACUGUCCAGCAUCGACACAUUUUUGGCGCUAUGGCUGCUAAUAUGACCCCUCCGGGCUGUGGCUCCGACCUGGACUCCCUCUAUUACAACUUGUGCGACCGCAGUGCCGCCUGGGGGAUCGUGUUAGAGGCCUUUGCGGCAGCUGGCAUCGUCUUCUCUGUUGUGCUCUUCAUCUCGCUUCUGGCCAGCGUGCCCUUCAUAAAAAACCCAAACCAUAAAAACUCUGUGGCUCUUGAUGCCAGCUUCCUGUUCUGUACCACUGGGCUUUUCUGUCUGACCUUCGCCUUCAUUGUGGGAAAGGAUUUUUCCACCUGUGCCUCACGGAGAUUUCUCUUUGGGGUGUUGUUUGGUGGCUGCUUUGCCUGUCUCCUGAUGCAGUGCGUCAGGCUAAACAUCCAGGCCAGGAGAAAUGUCGGGCCCCGAACCUGGGUCCUCUGGCUGGGCGCGUUAGGGUUGUGGCUGGUGGAGGUUGUCAUCAACACGGAGUGGUUGAUUAUCACAGUCGUUCGCCACCCGCUACUCCCCAACACCACUGUCGAACCCAUCAGAGCCACAGCAACACCUUGUAACAUUGCAAACCAGGACUUUGUCAUGGCGCUGAUCUACGUGAUGGUUCUCAUCCUGGCUACUUUCCUGGCAAGUCUGCCCAUCAUGGCAGGCAAAUACGCAGAGUGGAAAAAGGAAGGUGCUCUGAUUCUGGUGAUAAGCCUGAUCUCUAUUUGUAUUUGGGUGGCCUGGAUCGUCAUGUAUGUGUACGGGAAUGAGCGAACUGGAGGCCCGACAUGGGACGACCCGACUCUGGCCAUCGCUUUGGUGGCUAACGCCUGGGUGUUCAUCAUUCUCUACACCAUCCCUCAGAUCUGCUGUCUGAACAGUGAUGAAGAGACAGAGGAAGACUACGGAGAGAACGGAUACAUGAACCGAGGAGUCGGUUACGAGACGAUCCUGAAGGAGCACAGCUCUCAGAAAGUUUUCAUGGAAAACAAGGCUUUCUCAAUGGAUGAGCCAGGCAAAGGAAGCAAACCUGUGUCUCCAUAUGGUAAUUAUACUGGCCAGAUGCGCGCUUCAGUCUACCAACCCACUGAACUGGCCCUCAUCUCUAAAUCAGCUGAUAAUCAGCAGCAGCAGCCGUCCUUUGACAUUGUCAUUCCCAGAGCCUCCUUGGCCUCUGCAGCCAACAGCGGGAGCAGCACCCCCUCAACACACACCGAGCCUGGGAACAGUACACACCUACAGUCAAGCGGUCCAGGUUUGCAGAGAGCGCCCCAGUGGUGAUCACACCAUGACUCUACAGCAGCUAUAUGUUUGGUUUAUGUCUUUCCAUUUGCACUGUCUGAAUGUAUAUUUUCUGUUAUUCAUGGUUCCCUGAGAGGAACCACGUGGGCUCAGAACAUAGAGGUGACUGUUAGAUGCCCCCUGCAGAUGGAGGUCAGAUAAACCCUCUAUUGACUGAUUAUCUGCAUACUCAACCACUGGGUAUCAGACAGCACAGAGCUUAAUUCAGAAGACAAAUCCCAGGGAUGUAGCUGUGCUUCAGAACAAAGACUUUCUGCAACAGAUACCAUAUGCUGACACUGGACUUUCAGCUCCCAGCUGCACACACGCAUGCACAAGGAAACUGUUGACAGUGCAAGAAUUUUUGGGACACAAUGUAUUCACACUUCACUAAAUCAUUGAAUAAUUUUCCACAAGCCAAUAUUAAGAAACCAGUAGGAAUUGCUUAUCAUCAAGGGGUUAUGGACAUCUAGUUUUUGAUUGAAGCUGUAAUUUCUUAAGCCAUUAGCUAUGUUCACAAAAUAACUGUUAUUAUAUGGAAUAACUGUAAAUAUGGUGUGUUUGCAUCUGUAUCACCAGUUUCCACAUGGAAAUGUUGUAUGGGUGUUUAUAUUUUACAUCUAUUUAAAAUGCUGUUAUAUGUUGCUGAAUCAUUUGAAAAAUGUCUACCAAUCCAGCAGUCAUGAAAUGUCAGAAUUGCUGUCUGUUAUCUGGCUCUCUCUGUGGUCUGAUGUUGCUAUUAGCUAAUUGUUCACUACAACUUUCUGUCACCAAAUUUAUGACACACCAUUGUAUUCUAAUAAUAAUGCAAAAUCAGUUUAUCUUAAAGGUUCCUAUUCAGAAAGUCUGCUUCAGGAACGAACUGCUGUAGCAUCUGCAUGUUGGAAUGAAAUAAAUCAAGAUAAUUAUUAAAAGAAUCUUGAA